GCAUGUAUUAUGCAAUGUUUACAAUGCGUUUGAAAGCCGUGACAAACAGUAAAUGACUUAUCAUUUGAUUAUCACUUCAUUUACCACUUCUUCGUGAGGCAGACAUCAUUGAAAUCGGUUCUUAACAUCCAAUCCAUUGAUAACUAAGAGGACAUCGACAACAACCGACAUAAUGUUACCGACAAUCGGUCGACAAUGUCUUCAGAGGAUGACUUCGCGGACAUUAUUAAACCGUUUUUGUGGUAAAAGUGUCGCAAAUGGGCGACAAUUAUCUCAAUCGAUGGUGAGAUCGUCGAAGGAGGAGAACAAACCGCCGGUCGAUUCGCAGCCGUCAUCGACACCACAACAAGACAUCAAUGAGUCGUUGCAGAGACAGUAUAUCCGUCCGCGACGGGCACUCCUCUACUGUCCCGGAAGUGAUGACCGAAAAGUCGCCAAAUUGUCCACAAUUUGCGGUUCAGUCGAUACAGUGGUUCUCGAUUGCGAAGACGGAGUGGCCGCCAAUAAGAAGGCUGAGGCGCGACAAACUAUACUGGAAGCGAUCCAAACGGUUGCCUUUGGCCGAAGUGAGUGCGCCGUUCGGAUCAACUCAAUAGACAGCGGUUUGGCCGAAGAGGACCUCCAAGUCGUGCUCUCCGGAGAAAAGUUACCAAAAACUAUACUUUUGCCGAAAGUGGAGACUCGAGAGCACUUGGAUUCGGACAUCGACAACAACCGACAUAAUGUUACCGACAAUCGGUCGACAAUGUCUUCAGCGGAUGACUUCGCGGACAUUAUUAAACCGUUUUUGUGGUCGUCGAAGGAGGAGAACAAACCGCCGAUCGAUUCGCAGCCGGCAUCGACACCACAACAAGACAUCAAUGAGUCGUUGCAGAGACAGUAUAUCCGUCCGCGACGGGCACUCCUCUACUGUCCCGGAAGUGAUGACCGAAAAAUCGCCAAAUUGUCCACAAUUUGCGGUUCAGUCGAUACAGUAGUUCUCGAUUGCGAAGACGGAGUGGCCGCCAAUAAGAAGGCUGAGGCGCGACAAACUAUACUGGAAGCGAUCCAAACGGUUGCCUUUGGCCGAAGUGAGUGCGCCGUUCGGAUCAACUCAAUAGACAGCGGUUUGGCCGAAGAGGACCUCCAAGUCGUGCUCUCCGGAGAAAAGUUACCAAAAACUAUACUUUUGCCGAAAGUGGAGACUCGAGAGCACUUGGAUUCGUUCGCCGAAAAACUGGUCAAAGCGAUGGGCAAACGGAAGACUAAUAAAGACUUACAUCUAUUGACAUACGUUGAGAGCGCCAAAGGGUUACUCAAUCUUCGGGAUGUCAUACAACACGCCAUCGAAUUGUCUGAAUUUCAUUUGUUCUCAUUGGAGGGCAUUGUCUUCGGUUCCGACGACUUCUGCGCCUCCAUUGGCGCGACCAGAACUGCCGGCGCUUCCGAGACCCUACUGGCCCGCCAACAGGUGGUCCUAACAGCCAAAGCGUUUGACUUACAGGCCAUUGAUGUCGUGUACAUCGACUUCAAAGAUAUUGAGGGCCUGAGAGCCCAGUCACUAGAGGGGGCCAACAUGGGCUUCAGCGGCAAACAGGCCAUACAUCCGACACAAGUUCCCGUCAUUCAGGAGGCGUUUAGCCCUCCACCAGAGCGAGUAGAGUGGGCCCGGAGGCUAGUGGACGAGUAUAAGAAAUCCCAGAGCGAGGGAAAGGGAGCCUUUGUAUUCGAGGGCCAAAUGAUCGACCGGCCCCUCCUAUUACAAGCGUUGAAUAUCAUAGACAUCGCCGGCGCUCUAGAGCGCAAGUAGUUGUUAUUUAGUGUACAAAUAAUGAACGCAUUUAUAAAUUAGUUUAUUUUGUGAAUCAC